AAGUUAAUUUGUGAAGGAUAAGAUAUACCAAGAGAUCGAGAGAGAGAGAGAGAGAGAGAGAGAGAAUGGAAGGUGUUGGUGCCAAUGGCACCUGUAGUAUGAUGGCCUUUGGAGAAAACAGCAGUAAUGGAGGAGGAAUGUGUCCAAUGAUGAUGAUGCCUCUAAUGACUUCCUCACAUCAUGCUCAUCACUCUCAUCAUCACCUUCAUCAACAUCAUAUGAAUCUUAAUCCUAAUGCAGACACACAUAAUACUAGUACGACUCAUCAGUUUCGCCAGCUUCCCCAGCUGCCUCCGUCCAACAACCAUCACGACCACCAAAAUCCCCAUAACACUAGCGGCGGCUCCUCCUUCCUUCUCCACAACCCAGUUGCAGCUGCCGCCUCCUAUUUCAUGGACAACAACAACAAUGAUGGUGUUGGCGGUAGCUCUUCUUCUUCGCCUUCAACUGUCAAGGCUAAGAUCAUGGCUCAUCCUCACUAUCACCGCCUCUUGGCCUCCUAUAUCAACUGUCAAAAGGUUGGAGCGCCGCCUGAAGUGGUGGCGAGACUGGAAGAAGCGUGCGCAUCGGCGGCGACUAUAGGUCAAAUGGUAAGUAGUAGCAGUGAAUCAGGAUCUCUCGGUGAAGAUCCAGCUCUGGAUCAGUUCAUGGAGGCCUACUGCGAGAUGCUUACCAAGUAUGAGCAAGAAAUCUCUAAACCCUUCAAGGAAGCCAUGAUCUUCAUCCAAAGAAUCGAGUCCCAAUUCAAAGCGCUCUCUCUUUCUUCUUAUGAUUCUGCAGGUUAUGGCGAUGGAAUUGAUAGGAACAAUGUAUCAUCUGAGGAAGAGGUUGAUGUUAAUAACAACUUCAUAGAUCCCCAAGCUGAAGACAGGGAGCUUAAAGGGCAGCUAUUGCGCAAGUACAGUGGAUAUUUGGGUAGUUUGAAGCAGGAGUUCAUGAAGAAAAGGAAGAAAGGGAAGCUCCCUAAAGAAGCCAGGCAACAGUUGCUAGAUUGGUGGAGUCGACAUUACAAAUGGCCUUAUCCAUCGGAAUCACAGAAACUAGCUCUUGCAGAAUCAACGGGGCUGGACCAGAAGCAGAUAAACAACUGGUUCAUCAACCAAAGGAAGCGACAUUGGAAGCCGUCAGAGGAUAUGCAGUUUGUGGUGAUGGAUGCUAGCCACCAAGGCCACUAUUACAUGGACAGUGUCAUGGGAAAUCCAUUUCCAAUGGAUAUCUCUCCCACAUUGCUCUGAACUAAGAUGACAAGCAAUUAGUAUGCUGCUAAUUAUAUAUAUUUAAAUGUGUUAUUGAGGAAUGCCGGUACAUUUCUUAACAACUUAACUAUUAAUUCCUUUUGACUAUGGAUUGUGAUUAAUGUCACACAAUCAUGCAUGUGUACGUGCGUGCUACUAUGUAUGUCGUAUAAAAUCUCACUUAAUUUAAUUGUUAACCAAUAUAAAUAGUGGGUUCUUAUCUUCUCAA